AUGUUUACGUAUAUCAACGAGAACUUCCUUCAUGCUCCUUCCGCCGAUCUGAGCAGAGAUACCGUGAAAACGCUGAUUCAGGUCAUGCUCGCCCAAGCGACUGAGGUCUUCCUCGAAAAGCAGAUCAUGGAUCAGAAAAAGGUUGGGCUUCUCGCCAAGCUCUCGAGCCAGGCGGCAUACCUCUACACAGAAGCGAUAGAGGGCGCACAGGAGAAUGUCAACAAGGGAAUAUUUGAUAAGUCUUGGUUGCAGGUUGUCCAGGUCAAGUCGAAUCUACUGGGUUCCAUGGCCCAGCUCUUCCAAGCACAAGCGGACGACGACGCGAAUAACCACGGAAUAGCCGUUGGUCGUCUCCAGGUUGCCGAACGCCUAGCGAAAGAGGCGACCCGAAUCGCGAAUGCAAUCCCUUCCUCGCUUCCGAUCAGCACAAACUUCAAUAACGACUCUGGCCCCAGUCUUGCGGAAAACUCGAAGCGACAGCAUACUUCUGUGACGGAGAAGCUGCGCGAGCUUUCCAAAGACAACGACUUCAUCUACCAUCAGCCGGUCCCGUCCGAAGCCACCCUUGCGCCUGUCCCAAAGCUCUCGGCCGCCAAACCUAUCCCCGUAACCGAGCUGUACGCAGGCCAGGACAUACAACGAAUAACGGGACCCGAUCUGUUCUCUAAGAUUGUGCCGAUGAAUGUGACGGAGUCGGCGAGUCUUUACGACGAAGAGAAGGCGAAGCUUGUCCGGGCCGAGACCGAGAGGGUUGAUAUCGCCAAUGGCGAAAUGGCGGCAAGUCUCGACUACCUGCGGCUGCCCAACGCGCUCCAGGUUCUCAAGGGCGGCCUUGACCAAGACGUAGGGCCCGAUGACGAGUUUAGGACUUGGUGCGAGGAUGUCAGCGGGCAGGAAGACCCCGGAAUGGACGCAGCAGCCAAGUUCUGCCCUGACCACCACCUUACGGGGGACAUUCGAAGCUACCGCGAGGCGCUCGAUGAGGCGUCCCGAACCGACUCUCAGCUGGCGUCGAAGCUACGGCAGAACGAGGCCGAGUUUAGCGAGAUGCGCGCCGCCUCGCAGCGUGGCGAGGUCGACCAGCUGUUCCAGCGAGCCCUAGGUAAGGCUCGCGGUAGGUCGAGCAACACGGCGAGCCCGUUGGAGGAGCCAAACUUGCUAGAUGCAGACUUUGACAGUGGUGGACCGAGUGUCAUGGAACAGAUCGACAGGGUUGAGGACGUUUUGAAGAAGCUCAAUCUUCUCAAGCGCGAGCGCAAUCAAGUGCUUAAAGAUCUCAAAGAAAAGGUGCACAACGACGACAUUUCUCAGAUCUUGAUCCUCAACAAGAAGUCGAUCCAGAACUACGAGACGCAACUAUUCCAGGCCGAACUAGAAAAGUUUAGGCCGCACCAGAACCGGCUCCUCGCUGCGAACCAUAAACAGUCGGCAUUGAUGAAGGAGUUAUCAACGACUUUUAAUGCCCUACUUCAGGACAAGAGGGUAAGAUCGGAACAGAACAAGUAUGAGGGUGCGCAGCGGCAAAGGGCAUCGGUGGUGAACCGAUAUAAGAGAGCGUAUCAAGAAUUUUUGGAUCUGGUGGCGGGUCUCCAUAGCGCCAAGAAUUGGUACUCGGAGAUGAAGGAGACGAUUGACAGUUUGGAGAAGAACGUGCAGUCUUUUGUGAACAACCGGCGAUCAGAAGGCGCGCAGCUCCUCGGCCAGAUUGAAAAGGAAAAGUCCAUCAACAAGGUCGCCGCAGCCGCCCCAGGAGAAUCGCCGGGCGCCGCCGGCACCACUCUUUCCCAAGGCAGCGCCCCUCGCUACUCGGACCAGACGUAUGCGAGCCAGUACCCUCUACCCACGUCUCCGCCCGCGCAUCAGUCAACGUACGGAAACUAUGGAGCGCAGCAGCGGCAGUCCGGGUACGGCGGGCAAUUUGGCCAACCGGCUGCAUAUAAUCCAAGCCAAUACGGUAUGAACCCCGGGCCGGCGUCUCCGCCUCCGACUCAGACCUCGUUUGGGCACCCCAACAUGCGCGGCCCUGCCUCGCCUCCUCCUACGCAGACCUCAUUCGGUCAGACGCAUCCUGCGUACGUUGGCUACGGGCAACAGGGAGGUCAGCCUGCGGCGCCACAGGCACAGCCGGGACGGCCGCUAUCGCAGAUUCCUCCCGGGUUUGUCCCGCCUCCGCCACCACCAGGGCCGCCGCCGCUGGGGCCGCAGCAGACGAUUCAUUACGGUUCGCAGGAAUAUCAGGUCCAGAACCAGCAGCAAGGGGGCCGGGAGCGGGGGUAA